AUGGUAACAUUAGAGAAGUUUGCUGUAACUCUAAAGGAAAAUCGGAACACAAGAGGAGGACACAACUGUGGAACAGAUGGUCCCUUCUCCAGGAGAAAGGAGGGGUUAACAAGCUUCUUUAACGGUCACUAUCAAUGUGUACAACCGACAGAAGUGAGACAUCUUCCACCGGUCUGCCAAUUCGCUAAUAAAUGUGUUGUAAUAAGAGAAUUUCAAACAAUGAAGAGGACAAAGGAAACAGGCAGAAUGAUUAACUCGUUAACUAGCCGAUCACGGAUGUUGGCUCAAACUAAAACAUACGUUGUCAAAAGCACCAGUCGUUUUGGCAUACGGUAG